AUGACCUCUCAAGAAUGCUUGAAUGAAUUCAUUCAAAAAGGAAAUCAAUUGGUGUUUGAAAACAAGUUUGAGGAAGCUAUCGAAAUGUUUUCUCAAGCAAUUGAAUUAAAUCCUCAAAAUCCUUUCGUUUAUGAUAUGAGAGCUUCGGUUUAUAUAUUAAUGGACGAGUAUGAAAAGGCUGUACGUGACUCCGAACAAGCAAUGGAAUUAAAACCUUCAUGGCCACAACCUUAUUUCCGAAAAGGUCUUGCACUCUCACUUUAUGGAGACUUAGAAGAAGCAAUACUUAUUUUAAAUGCUGGGUUGGAAAUUUGUCCCACUCAUGCUUCGAUGAGCAAGUUGAGGAAUGAUUUGAUUGAAAUUAUGAAAAAACAACAAGAAAGUGAAACACCUCAGAAAGAAUCGUCAGUAUUGAAUGAAACACAAAGUGAUAAUUCUUCAUUUUCUCUUGGCGUUGAAGAUUUGGAGCCAUUCAGUGAAGAGGAAAAAUUACCAGUUACAAUUUUAUGUGGAUUUUUAGGAGCAGGCAAGACAACUUUGUUGAAUUACAUUUUGCAAAAUAAGCAAGGACUUAAAGUAGCUGUCAUUGUAAAUGAUAUGAGCGAGGUGAAUAUUGAUGUAGAAUUGGUCAAACAAACGAGUACACUUUCCAGAACGGAGGAAAAAAUGGUUGAAAUGACUAAUGGAUGUAUUUGUUGCACACUACGAGAAGAUUUAUUACAAGAGGUCGCAAAACUCGCCAAACAGAAAAAAUUUGACUAUCUUCUCAUAGAGUCGACCGGUAUUGCAGAGCUCCUUCCCAUUGCUCAAACAUUCUUUUUCCAAGACAAUUAUGGAAAAAUGCUUUCUCACUACACAAAAUUAGAUACACUCGUCACUCUAGUCGAUUGUUUUAAUUUCAUGAAAGAUUAUUCGAGUGAUGAUACUCUUAGCUCUAGACAUAUGGGUAUCAAUGAGAAUGACAAUAGAAACGUUGUUGAUUUACUGUUAGAUCAAAUUGAUUUUGCCAAUGUAAUUAUUCUCAAUAAGACGGAUUUGAUCAGUGAAGAAAAGCUCCAUAAAUUGGAAGCAAUAAUUCGAAAGCUAAAUCCUGAAGCUGUCAUUUUGAAAAGUCAAUACUCUCAUGUCGAUUUGAAAUCCAUUCUGAAUACAGGUCUUUUCAAUUAUGAAAAGGCACUCAAGUCACCAGGAUGGGUACGAGAAUUACAAAAAGAACACACUCCAGAAACUGAAGAAUAUGGAAUUAGUUCAUUUGUGUACCGACGAAGGAGGCCAUUCAUGCCACAACGACUCUACGAAUGUAUUCAAAAUGAAAAAUUGAGAGGAAUUAUUCGCUCUAAGGGUUUCUUUUGGCUUGCCAGUGAUAACGCAACACUUUAUGAAUGGUCCACUGCAGGUCCGACUUUUUCAUUUGCUCCAAAAUCAAUUUGGUUUGCCUCUCUUUCGGAAGAAAAAAAGCAACACUUUUCACAGGAGCAAAUCGAACACAUCAUGAAGGAAACAAAAUUUGAGGGAGAGUAUGGAGACCGAAGGCAAGAGAUUGUAUUCAUUGGGAAUAAUAUGAAUAAGGAAGAAUUGAUACAAACAUUGGAUUCAUGCUUGCUUACUGAUGAAGAGAUGUCUCAUGGCAUGCAAUUCUGGGAAUUGACCUAUGAGAAUCCAUUCAGACAAUUCAUUCAAGAACAGCAACAACAACAUUAUAAGAGACACGAUGACACUCAUUCCCACAAUCAUCAUCAUUCUCACUGA